UGGGAAGCAAAGCAAUUCGAAAAUCCAUCAAUGGCGUCGUUGUUCUGUACGCUGUCUCCUGCAAAGCUUCCUUCUCUCAAGCUCUACUAUGCAAUGGCUGUCACUCCGCCUUUUUCUUCUUCUCUGAUUGUCGCCUCCGUGAUUGAAUCUCCUCCCCGGCGAAAAUCAGUGGCUCCGAGAAACCUCUCUUCCGAACCCAUCUCCCAAACGACUUCCCCUCCAAUACCCACGACUCCAACGACCAGUAAUGCCUUCUCCGGCCGCCAAUCUCCGUCGUCGCUCCCAAAAAGAUGUCUCCUUUUUUUACUUCCAGCUCAAUGACGGAACAGUGUUCUACCCAAAAAAAGAAAUUGAUGGAUCAGUGUUGGGUCUGAUUGAGGGGGAACUGAGGUAGUAAUUUUUUUUUCUUUUUCGCAGGUCCUUGUUCCCAUUGGAUUUGGCACUGAGGAAAUGGAAGCUGUGAUACUAAUCGAUGUUUUGCGGCGAGCUGGUGCAGAGGUCACUGUGGCCUCAGUGGAACCACAGCUCGAGAUUGAGGCUGCAGCUGGUACUAAGCUAGUUGCUGACACCUCCAUUUCUGCUUGUUCUGCUGAACUCUUUGAUCUCGUGGCUUUGCCGGGAGGAAUGCCGGGCUCGGCUAGGUUGAGAGAUUGUGAGGUUCUCCGCGGAAUUACGAGCAAGCAGGCUGAUGAGGAGAGGUUAUAUGGUGCCAUAUGUGCAGCCCCAGCUGUCACACUUCUUCCAUGGGGCCUCCUCAGAAGUCAGAAGGAAGCAGAUCACAUGCCACCCUGCAUUCAUGGACAAGCUCCCCACCUUCUGGGCUCCUUUGUGGAUCAGCUGUUUGGGGAGACGGUUGCCAAGGAAGUUGCAGAGAUAUUGUUGAUGGAUACAAGUGAUGAUGACUGCAGAAAGGAAGAGUUGAACCCAACAGAGUGGUCUUUUGAACAUAAUGCUCGUGUGCUACUUCCAGUUGCGAAUGGCUCGGAAGAAAUUGAAGUAUUUACCAUUGUCGAAAUUUUGAGGCGAGCCAAUGUGGAAGUUGUGGUUGCUUCAGUUGAAAAAUCUGUGCAAAUUUUGGGAUCACAAGGCACAAGAAUUGUUGCAGACAAGUUCAUAGGCGAUGCUGCUAGAUUUGACUAUGAUCUUAUAGUUCUCCCGGGUGGAAGGGCUGGAUCAGAUCGCCUUCAGAAAUCUAAGGUUCUAAAAAAGCUUCUGCAGGAGCAAGGUGAAGGAGGAAGAAUAUACGGAGCAGUUUGCUCCUCCCUAUCCGUUCUCCGUGAACUCUGUCGGCUACAGGAUAAGAGAGCCACUGCACAUCCUAGAGUUGGUAACAAGCUAAUGAACGAUAUGGUGAAUGAUGCAAACAUUGUCAUUGAUGGAAGGCUGAUUACCUGCUAUGGUCUUUCUACUGUAAUGGAUUUCGCAUUAGCUAUAGUAACCAAGUUUUUUGGUCAUGGUAGAGCUAGAAGUGUUGCUGAAGGGCUUGUGUUGGAGUACCCUAGAACUUGGAGAGAGAGAGAGAGAGAGAGAGAGAGAGAGAGAGAGAGAGAGAUUAUGCUAGGCACGUUAAAGUUCAAACCAUAAUCUCAUAAUCUCUUGUUACCAUAUGUGAAUAAUCCUCCUGAUGAAAG